AUGGAGGCCGUCACUACAACUAUAUCGCAACAAUUAUCCAUUAUAACAAGUUCCCUAGAUAAUCUAAAUACAAACAUGCAAAAAAUCACAGCUGAUAACUUAUCAAUACGUAAGACACUAUCUGAACUAAAUCAGCGUAUUUUGGACACGGAAAAAUCACUGCAGUUCUCCUCGGAUACCGAGCAUGAACUCGAUCAACGCCUUAAAACAGUUGAAACUAAAGUUUCCCUGGUUUCCACCUCCCAAGAUCGUGUAAUAGGUAUGGAGAAUAAAAUUCAGCAAAUGGAACAGCAAGCCAGAAUGUGUAACGUAGAAGUCUGCAACCUCCAGGAAAGGAGGGGUGAAAAUCUGCUAGAAAUAAUUGAGAUAAUGGCCAAAGAAAUAAAAUUCCAUAUACAAAACUCGGAUGUUGUGUCCAUUCACCGUGUGCCUCACGCAAACAACAAGAACUCUAAACCCAAAAACAUCAUUGUCAAAUUUACAACACGUGUCCUUCGUGAUAACUUCAUUGCAUCAUAUCGUUCAUCAGGCGGCUUAAAUUCAACACAACUAUCACUGUCCGGUACCCCACAAGUUAUCUACGUUAACGAACAUCUGACUCUCAACAAUAAACAAUUAUUUCGCCAAUGCCGUGAAGCAGCGAAAAAGCAAGAUUACAAAUAUGUGUGGGUUAAACAUGGUGUUAUUCUCGCUCGAAAGACUGAUAAUUCCCCUGUGGUUGCAAUACGAUCCCUCUCAGAUAUUCAUAAAAUCAAGUAA